GCGAGACGGAGCAGAAAAGGGGGUGGAGGAAUGCUUCGGACGGAUGCUGACGCGCUGAGAACUUUGCUUGUGGACCUUUCACCACUUGCGGUGCGUGACAGAGCCGCAGAGAGAGUGGGGGGACCCGCUCGGAGGGAUGCUCUCGAUGGAUGCUGAUGCGCUGGGAUCUCUGCUUGCGGACUUUUCUCCACUACUUCUCAUCGGGGUUGCGCAGAGGCCAUCUCACCACUGACAAUUCUUGAGAUCAGACGAAUAAAGGAUUGAAUCCUAAACGGGUCAAAGAGCACUUACUGGAAAACCCCAUUUUGAUUAUUUUAUAUCGAGGCCCGGGAAUCAAACUGUGUCCACCCGAUGGGCGUAGAUGGAGCGGUCGGAGUUGGGGAAGCCUCAGGGCAAUCUGCGCCCAUCUCCUUCUUUCCCAGCGCUCAUGGCGGGAAACCCUCUGGAGAGUCUCUCGUCGGUGACCGUGAGCCACCAACCGGCGGAACCUGAGACCCAGCGAGCCUCCGCGAGCGGAAGCUCAGCGUGCCUGCAAAGACGCAGGCACGGCAUCCGCGGCGACCCCGGCCUGUGUUAUCUGGUGCCAUCCGCCCGCGGGCCCGGAUCAAACACGAGCGAUCCGACGCUCGCGAUCGGCACGCCGCGCGGCCAUCACUCCCCGGAAAAUGCGGCGCGGGAGAGAAGCCGCGUACGCAACCUGCGGCAGGCCUUCCACAGCCUGCAGGCUGCUCUGCCCUCAGUCCCUCGUGACACCAAGUUGUCCAAGCUGGAUGUUCUGGUUCUGGCAACCAACUACAUAGCUUACCUGACACAGACCUUGGACCAGGGAAGAACUCUGGCCGAGCACACCUUGACACCAAGACCAGGUGGAUACCUACACCCGGUUAAGAAAUGGCCUAUGCGCUCCCUGCUCUACUGUGGCAGCGUGGGGGAAGUGCUCUCGGGGGUUCCGGCCAAUCAGAGGCCGCCGUCCGGACAGGACACAGUGCACCUGCUGGACCGUACAACGGGAGGGGACGAGUGUUAGCAAAUUACGGGACGCUCUUCAGAAAAGUCACAUCUCCUGCUCUUGAAAAAGAGCUUCCCUUGAACUUUGCGGAGAACGUCAUCGGGUCAAGGCGAGAUGAAAAAGGUGCUUUCUUUCAAACAUAGGAACAUGGCCGCCGUCAUCACGUGACGGGAAGUACUGCUGACACGUCUAGCGUGAAACUAUUAUUUUUGCCGAAGAUGUGAGCGACCGGUUAGCACGUCUGCCUCGCAGUUCUGAGGACCGGGGUUCAAAUCCCGGGCCCCCGCCUGCGCGGGUUUUCUCCACGUACUCCGGUUUCCUCCCGCAUCCCCAAAAGAUGCACGAUUAAUUGAAGAUUAAUUGAAGAUUCUAAAUUGCCCAUAGGUGCGAACGUGAGCGCGAAUGGUUGCCUGUUUCGACGUGGCCCGCGAUUGGCUGGCGACCAGCUCAGGGUGUGCAUUUCUGAAGUGCCACACACACGGUGAAAAAAAUGUAAAGGCACAUAAUCAGCGGCUUGAUCUUAAGACAAUAUAUAAGACAAUAACUAACAUGUUUUUGUUGUGAAACCUCCUGUAUUAAAGCUUAAAGUAUACACUUCAUUUUUUUUUUUCCCCCCAAAUCCAUUGUGUUGGUUUGCACAGGUAAAGAAACAAAAAAAUGCCCAAAACUGUUCCAGUACUUCUUCAUGCUUCAGUACUCGGCUAUACCGAUACCACUUGUACUUCUGAUACAUACAAUUUCAAUUAACACAAUGACGCCCCCCCCCCCGCAAUCCAAAUUUUGAAAUUGAAAUCUUCCAUCCAUCCAUUUUCUUCCACUUAUCCGAGGUCGGCUUGCGGGGGGGCAGUAGCUUCAGCAGGGAAGUCUAGACUUCCCUCUCCCCAGCCACUUCAUCCAGCUCUUCCGGGGGGAUCCCGAGGCGUUCCCGGGCCAGCCGGGAGACGUAAUUUCUCCAGCGUGUCCUGGGUCGUCCCCGGGGGGGGCGUGCCCAGAACACCUCGCCAGAGAGACGUCCGAAUCAGAUGCCCCAGCCACCUCAUCUGGCUCCGCUUAACUAUUUACUGUUUUACUAUGUCAAAAGCUAGUGGUGAACUUUUGCUUCCAUAAUUUAUGGGGACGGACGAGGACCAACGGCAGGUAUCAGACUUAUUUCAAUGUCUCGGGUAUUCGUUAAGGCUGCUGAUUCCAGCUACCGCUACUUAAAGGGUGAAGUAUGUACAAUAGUUUGGGGGGAACGUUUUUUUUUUUUUUUUUUUUUAAAUCACAUAUACUAUGUUAUAACUCUCUACAUGUCCUUACAGUAAAAAAAAUAAAAUAAAUAAAAAAUAAUGAUAAUAAAUUUUCUUUUGAGAACUCCUCCUGCUCCAGCCUCUUCUAAUGUUUCCAAUUUUGUUUUUAUUCUUCAUUCAAAAAGUCUCCGCGACGGAGAGAACUGUCCAAUUAGACACCGUACAGACUGGGGGCGUGGCCCGUGAGUGUGUCAAUCACUUUUCUCAUGCAUGUGCAAUUUAUGCCAGAAAGGAGCGGUGAGCACAAUGGCGGACGUUGGAGGCUUCCGGGGGCUUUCCCUCGUUUGCCAACAAACGGUUCUUCUCAUAGAAGGAAACACAAGCAGAGCAAAAAGAUCCCCACCCUCUGGAAUCCGCUCCCCAAACCCCUACCCGACUGUUCAGAUCUCUCCGCCUUCAAAUCCCGACCGAAAAACCCACCGAUUCCCAACUGCUUUUA